CUCUUCGCUCCUCUGCCUCCUCAUCCUAACAAUGUUACCUCGGGAAAGAGAGAUAGCUACCUUAUUCUAGGGAUGAACUCAGGGAAGGUAGGUGUUUUCCGCAGCCCCGAGUUCAGACAAACUGGCCUUGCAGUUUGUCUGCAAGUCUGAGCACCUGGCUAGCUUUAAGGAAAACCUCUCAAAGAUUCUGUGCCUGGACCAAGGAUCCAGAAGCUUUCACCGCCUCUCAAGGUGAAAACAGUUCAUUUCCCUGCAAAGUGAUGUGGUAUCUCCCAGUGCAUGACUCAUCUUGGCUCCGAUCCCACAACACCAUAGGGUGAGGGCUCGGACACGGUGUGUCUUUUCCCUCAGCUCUGGAUGCUGAUGUCUGUAUGGAAGAGAGCAGACACACCAUCCAGGGAGCCACUGGGUAUCUCCAGAACAUGGCAAGCAGUGGAUACCUGUAUAGCCUGCUGGCUGAAGAUGGAGCCUGGCAGGCGUUUGUAUCCAAGGCCAAGUUGUCCAGGGAAAGGGCAGUGGCCCUCCACAAAGCUCUGAGGGAACUGGCAGUGCUCUUGGCCAUAGCAGACAGAGGCAGGCUUCAAAGAGGCCUGAAAGGCAGGGAGAAGUUUUUGAAAGUCUUUCCUCACUUGAAAGCACAGCUGGUGGGGCACAUCAGUCACCUCCAUGCCCUGGCUGACCACGCUGAGAAACUACACAGGGGCUGCACCAUCUCCAACGUGGUGGCUGACUCCUUCAGUGCUGCCUCUGACAUCCUGGGCAUCCUUGGUCUCUUUCUGGCACCUGUGACAGCAGAGGGAAGUCUGGUGCUCUCAGCAACUGGCUUGGGGCUGGGGGUAGCAGCUACUGUGACUAAUGUUGCUACUUCAGUCCUGGCGGAAACAAUCAAGGUUUUGGAUGAAGUUGAAGAUGCUCCGACUGGCACAAGUGUGGCUAGGAUUGUCAACAAGAUCCCUCAGGCUACCAGAGACAUCACCAGAGACCUGGAAGCCCUUGAGCAGCACAUGAAUGCCCUCAGGCUGGUUAGAGCCAACCCUCAUUUAGAAGAAGAUGCCAGGAUCCUUGCCACCACAGGAAGCAUCUCUGCCCAACGGGCUGUGCAGGUGCAGGCCAGUCUGGAAGGAACCCCUCUGGCAAUGAGCAAUGAAGCCCGGAUCCAACGUGCCACCACCGCAGGUGCCGCCCUCUGGAGUAACGUGAACAGUCUUGUCAAAGAGUCAAAGCAUUUGUACGAAGGGUCUGCAUCAGAGUCGGCUGAAGCAGUGAGGAAGCUGGCUCGAGAGCUGGAGGAGAAGCUAGAGCGGCUCAUGGAAUUCUACAAGACGAUCUGAUCAGGCCCCAGUCAGUCACCCCAUCCCCAAGACAUGCAGAGGUCAGGAGAGAGGACCUGGACAGAGGAGAGCAAGACUGCAGUCAGGUCCGAGGGACCGAGUGUACAGGCCUGCUGCUGAACACAGCACAAUCAGGUGAGAAACCCACCCCCCCACCCCCGGUGCCUGAGACGAGGGACCAAAGGAUGUGCUGUAAGAGGGACUGGGAAGAUUGAACUCUGGACUAAACAUGGAAGAAGCCAGUUAAGAGGACUAAAAAGCCCUCCCCAGCUGAGCAAACAAGACCCCACAAAAGGCAAACCAGAGAGAAAGGUGUGUGCUCUGUAAACACAUCAUGAGCCCCAUCCCUGUGCUUUAGAGCCUCUGCUUCUCCCCAGCUCCCCAGCCCACACCCAUCCUCAGGCAUGUCAUGGUCCCCUAAAUAAACCGUUUCUGUUGUUCCUCA